GCGGCUGGGCGGGUCGUUCUGGAGCAGCUGAUCAGUGCUGACCCGCCCCACAACCCACGGCGGCGCUGCUCUUCUGCGCGCAGGACUCAGCAGUGGGGAAAGAGAAGGCGCUGGGGGUGGCGGCUCGUCGCUCGCUCGAUCAGUGCGUCGCUCGUUCCACCUGUGCGUCUCCUUCGCGGUGCCACCAUGCGCAAGGGCUCUCUCAGUGACAAGCCCUUCUUCUCCGCCCUGCAGCCCGAGUCGUCCGUCUCCUCGUACGCGCUGCCCUCCGGGGUCCAGCUGGAGCGGGGGGGCUCGGCGUCGGACCCCGGCGCGGCCACCCGCAGGGUCCAGCAGCAGGUGCAAAUGCGCCUCACGAAGACGAGCAGAGUCACGCAGCAGGUGAACGGAUCGGCAGAUUAUGGGAUCUCGCCCUCGGUGAAAUACUCCACCUACAACCCUGCGUUCAGCUCAAAGUCUCACAUGAUGACAGGUAGCCACACCAUACCGGCCCCAAAGAUCUCGCAGUUCAGCUCACACUCCCUGGUGGACACGGGGUCCUGGAGGGGUGGAGGCAGCAGCUUCUACCAGUCGACGCGCCAGCAGGUUGAGAGCAGCGGCGUGGGCCGGGUCGGCACCCUUACCGGGACCCUCUCCCAGGGAACCGUGCGCCAGGCGCCCAAGACCCAGCAGCGUAUGUCGAGCUACGUAGACCAGGAUUUUGCGUACAAUGGCCCUGUGCUCGACCGCAGCGUCAGCCAGCAGCGGCACACGCUCUACGGCGAUAGCUCCUUCGGCCAGCUGGGCACGACGGGGUCUAUUAACAGGGGCCUCGGCGGAGUCGGCCCUGGGGGCGGAGCCAUUGGAGCUGGAGCGGAGGCGGAGCUGAGCUACAGGAACUCCUUCGAGGGGCCCGCUCAUCGCACCCUGACCCGGAUGUCCCGCACACCGCGCGCGAGCAUAUACUCUGUGCAGGGCCAGCAGAUGUCCGGCACGAGCCAGGGGGUGACGGUCCAGCAGCAGACGGGGGGGGGCAGCCUGCUUCGCAGCUCCUCCGUGAAGAGCGUGGUGAGCCUGGCCAAGGGGGCCGACAUCAUGGACGGGCAGAUGGAAGCCGGCGGCAGCAUGGGCAAAUUCACUGGGAUUAACCAGCUGGACAUGAGGACUGCUGUAGCCCAACUGUCCAGCAGUGACCCAGAGCUGCAGGUCCAAGGGGCGGCUUUCAUCCAGCAUGAGUGCUACCACAAGGCGGAGGCCAAGACGCAGGUGGCGCAGUUGAAAGGCAUCCCUGCCCUGGUGCAGCUCUUCAACUGCGGCAACACGGAGGUGCAGCGCUACGCCACGGGCGCCAUGCGCAACGUCAUCUAUGAAAACAUAGAGAACAAGACGCUGCUCCUCCAGGCGGGUGGCAUCUCGCAGCUGAUAGAGGCGCUGAAGGAGCCCGACAACGAUUUGCGCAAGAACAUCACUGGGAUCCUGUGGAACUUGUCUUCUAAGGACAAUCUGAAGGAGAAGUUGGCGCAGGAUGCCCUACCUCAGUUGACAGAGAAGAUCCUGGUGCCCCUGGCCAGCGGUGGAGACUCCGAGGCCAUCCAGCAGAGUCCAUCCGAGGCUGACAUCUUCUGCAACACCACGGGCUGCCUGAGGAACCUGAGCUCCAUGAACGAGAAGAUAAGACAAAAGAUGCGGGACAUGCAUGGCCUUGUGAAUUCUCUUGUUGGCUACAUCCAGAAGUCCAUCCAGGAUGGCACGAUGGAAGGCCAGGGGGUGGAGAACUCCGUGUGCAUCCUGAGGAACCUGUCCUAUCAGCUAUACUCGGAGAUGCCGCCCUCGGUCCUCGCGAGGCUAGAAGGACCAUCGCGGGGGCAGGACUACACUAGGAGCGACGGCAUCGGCUGCUUCGCCCCACAGAGCAAGAAGGCUAAAGAUAAGCUCAACCCGGACCUAUUCACGUUAUCGGAGGUGGCCAAGCAACCCAAAGGGCAGGAGUGGCUGUGGCACCCCCAAGUGGUGGGGCUCUUCAAGCGCGUGCUGCAGUCCUGUGAGAGCAACAUGACGACCACACGCGAGGCGGCUGCGGGGGCUCUGAACAACAUCACGGCUGGAGACUACAGGUGGGCGUCGGUCCUAAGCCAUGUGGCGCUGGAGCAGGAGCACAUACUGCCCGUUCUGCUGGACCAGCUGCGCACCAGCAGUGACCAGGAACUGCGCUCGGUCACGGGGCUCCUGAGGAACCUGAGCCGACACGCCCGGAACAAAGACAACAUGGCGGCGAAGGUGGUGAACCCCUUGAUCACCCGGCUGCCCAGCGACGGGCAUCAGAAAGAGCCAUCCAGUGAGGUUGUGGUCAGCAUCUGCAGCAUCCUCAACAACCUGGUGACGGUCAGCCUCAGUGCCGCCCGAGACAUUACCAACUUUGACGGCCUGCAGAAGCUGAUGGCCAUCAAGGACAAUCAUGACUCCAGCCCCGGGAAGCUGAAAGCUGCCAAAGCGGCCGCCACUGUCCUCACCAACAUGUUCCAGUACAAAAAGCUGCACGCAAACUACAGCCAGAAGGGCUUCACCAGGAAGAGCUUCAAUGAGAUUUCCAUAUGAAUUACGAUGUUCCCCUCCUCGUCUGUCCCUCCAUCUGUCCAUCCAUCCAUCCAUCCCUCAAAGACCCCAGAUGCAAACUGGAGCCCCUAGGGGGGACGUCCCCAUCCUCUCCUGUCCCUUCGCUUUGAGUACGUGAUCCAUGUGGGAGCAGCAGGCUGGUCGCUGGACACUUCAAGGCACCUGCUGAUCCUACCGCCGCUUUGACUUUGUGACACUUGGUGGACAAGGGGACAUGGGUUCCAGUCCUCUUUGGUGCAGAGACAGAGAACGGUCUCACAGUGCCGCCACAAGUAGAACAAGGGGCCCACGCUGCUCACGUCCACUGCUGGCUUCUUUCUUCUUCACACACACACUGAACUGGGCUCUUUACCGUAGGACAGGUCACUGGUGCAGCGCCACCUAGUGGCCAUGGCUCUGUCACAGCAAACAGCCCAGUGAGCGUGGACUCAUCCAAUCCCUAGUCACAUGCUCCCAGGGGGGUCUGGACUGAAAAGGCGUUAUUUUCUUCAUUGUGUCACUGUAGUGUGCGUUUGAGUGUGUGUGUGUGUGUGUGAGUGAGAGAGAGCGAGAGAGAGAGAUGGCUCACAGGCAACAUCCCGUGAUCAUGUACUAACUGCGGCACACGUGUUUAUGUAUGAAGAUGGCUAAGCGAAUGUCAGUUUGAGAGUGUGUUCAGGGUUCAGGACGUGCAGAGAGUGAGAGAAGGUAAGGGAGAAAGAAGCCUUGGUGACAUUUGGCGCUUUGAACCCACAGCCGAUCCGGUGGCUUACUGGCACCGUUUGGGGUGCGUCCUGGGACACAAGUACUGAAGCAUGUAGCUCACCAUAACUGCAAGUCCCAGCACUUGUAACCUCAAGGGUGUUGGUUCCAGCCCCAGUCCCCACUGCUCUUUGAAACAUCUGCUAGUUGAGUAAUUCAACAAUCAUAAUAAUACUGUUACAGAUGUACCUUAAAUAUGAAUCAUAACCAAGUGGAGUUGAGUUUUUUUUCUUUUUUUGUUACUUUAACAGAUUAUAUUUUUACAGUUGGACUCAACUUUUAUUUCAGUCAUUAACAGUGAUGAUGUGCUCUGCUCUUUUAUGGCUUUUUCUGCUUCUGUCAUCUGGCCGAGAGGCUUUGCUCGGCGUCAGCUCCUCGUACCCAAUAUGAGUGUUUUAAAGGACUGUGUGUCUCUCUUC